AUGGACUGGUACGCGUGGCUCUGCAGGGCGGGGCUGCACCCGGACGUGGCGUUCGAGUACGCGCUGCUGUUCGCGCGCAACGAGCUCGUCGCCGCCGACGUGCGCCACCUGGACCACGAAUUACUCCUCAGCAUGGGCGUCGCCGUCGCCAAGCACCGCCUCGAGAUCCUCAAGCUCGCCAGGAAGGAUCCCUCCUCCUCCUCCUCCUCCCACGGCAGGGCCACCGCCGUCGCCGCCGCGGCCGUCAUCACCGUCGUCCUGCCGUGGCGCGCCACCAGGCUGCUCGCCGCGGCCUUGCACCGGUCCGCGCGCUCGGCGCUCGGCCGCCUCCGCGCCUCGGUGUCGUCCCGCGGCCGGGACCAGGUCCGGGACCGGGACCGGGACCGCGGCAGGGCCGCGGCCGUCCUCGCCACGCCGCGCCUGCUGCCCCUGCUGCAGCACCGCGGCGGGAGGGUCGCGCACAGCAGCUGGACCAAGAUCGCGUCGCCCGUGGCGGUCCGUGGCGGCGGGAAGCUCCCGCUGCCGAUGCUGACGCAUGUCGUCGGCAAGCCCGUCCUGCUCACCAACAGCGGCGCCGAUAAGUGGAGGGGCAACGGCGGCGCGGCGGUCAGGAUGCUGCCGCGCCCGCUGGGUCCAUAG